AUUCAAGCUACUGAGUUGUUUUGAUGCGGAUGUGUAUAUUUUUAUCACAUAUCGUCUGUACUUGAUAAAACAUUGUUUUCACUUUCACCGCAGUUAAGCUGUUCCUGACGAUUGGUGCAUAGUGCAACUGUCGCGCUCGAUUACAAGUCUGCGAUAAAUUUGAAUUUCUGAUUAUCAUACUUGUUUUCAAAACCAAUUUUAAACUUGUGCUGCAUUUUAUAAAUAGAAUUUUCAAAAACUUGUGUCAAUAUCUUGUUAUUUUUCAAAUUUGGUGAACAUAUGCUUCGCAUGCUCAAAGAAAUCAUCAACGGCAACUAUGUCCAUAAUGACAGACGCAAAGGAAAAUUUAAUGACACAAAUUUUCGAACUGGAGGCAUUACAAUCAGUUUAUCCAAAGGAAUUGUCAAUAUCUGAUCAUGGAAACUUGGCAGACAUCAAUGAUUUCAUUGCCGGAAAUAGAAAGGAGAUACCGCAAAGACUGGAGUAUGAGAUUGAAAUUUCAACUCCUAAGGGAAUAGUCGAACUUCUAGUAAACUUGCCAUUGGAUUAUCCCUUUGCCAAUCCAGAAAUUUACUGCAGAAGCUCAGUUCUCGAUCGAAAUGAACAAAUGAAUCUGAACAAGGCCCUUGUGUCUUUUUAUGAAUCUUUAGAAAAAGGUGAACCAAUCAUUUAUUCUAUAAUCUCCUGGAUUCAAGACAAUGCUGAAACAUAUUUAGAAAACUCAAGCCUCAAUGACAAGAAUAAAACUGAAUCAAAGGAGACUAUCGAAAAGAAAACCUGCAUUGAUUUUGGAAGAUACUGGAUUUACAGUCAUCACAUCUACAGUAAAGUUAAAAGAAAAAACAUUGUAGAUUUAGCAAGAGACUGUUCUUUGACUGGCUUUAGUUUCGUUGGAAAACCAGGAAUUAUUUGCAUUGAAGGUGCAUUUGACGACUGUGAAUAUUACUGGCAACAGAUAAAAGCUAUGAAUUGGCAUCGUAUUCUUGUCAAGUUUAUAGAAAAAGAUUUUGAUCCCACUGAUGAUUUGAAUAUUUAUAGAAAGUUUUCAGACUUCCAGGAAAUAUGCUUUCCUGUUUCUGAACGACACAAUGAUAUGGGUCAACUGUUAAAGUACUUGGCAGAGCAUGAACUAGAACAUGCAUUUAAAGAACUUUUUGGCAUAGAGGCCAAAUCAACUCCAUUAACUGAUUGAAAAAUGUUUGAUAUCUUUUUGUAUUAUGAUCAAAUUGUACAUAUGCGUGAAUACUAAUAAAUUUUUUAAUAUUUUUAUAGUAUUAUAAA